AUGUUCGUCAGAUAUAAGGCGCAAACGUUACCAGAUGUUUAUAAAAUAACAAAACUUUUCUUUGACAUAAACUUCAACGCCCAGCUAAAGUUCUGCACCGAUAACAAAAUGGAAACUUGGUUUUGGAUUCUUGGUUGGAUUCUCUCCAUUCUGACGGUAGCUGGAAAUGGUUUCACCGUACUUCUUGUGCGCGGUCAGCCUCGGCUUCGCACCAAAACCAAGGCACUGAUCGUUUCACUUGCGGUGGCGGAUUUCUGUGUUGGGGCGUUCGUUGUUCCUUCACUGUUCUUCUGUGACAUCAGAGGUGGUUGCAACUGGCCUCAACCCUAUGCGUCCUGGGUGGAUUUUAUAAGGUGGCUCUUUGCGUACGCCUCUAUAAUGAACCUGAGCAGCCUCGUACUAGAUCGGUAUGUGGCUAUUGUAAAGCCACUGAAAUACGUCAACUACAUGACCACGCGACGUAUCACUAAAUUAAUAUUUUUUUCUUGGGUUAUCCCUUUUUGUCUUGCAAUUUUUUCUGUUUUCAUGAGUUUAUAUUCAACAUUUUCGUUAUGUAGAAUAGUCUUAAGCGUAUGUUGCGCGCUUCUUGAGAUUUUCUUCAGCUGCAUGUUAAUUUUCUGUUCUAUUUCCAUGGCAACAGUUGUGUACAAGCAAACGCGAUCAUCAGCCAUCUUGGCAAAACAGUUACGUUUCAACCACCAAGGUUUGACAUUCAACACAUAUGACAAAUCAGCAGUUGUAAUGUUGGCAGUUGUGGUGGUCUUCGCCCUGGCUUGUUUCGCAACUUACUUGCGCUGUAGCUUUCUUCAGUUAUCAGGAAAUCGUAGACAUCCACACCUUUCGUGUAAAAGUGACUUUAAAUUUAGAAUACCUAUGUUAGUUCUGAACUCUGCAAUAAACCCUUUGGCAUAUGCUUUUUUCAAGCAUGACAUUAAGAAAGCCUUAAAAGGAAAAAAACGCUUCCUCAUGAGGUUGAUCGAUUUAAAUUCAUGA